AUGAACCUCCCGCUCAUCCUCCUAGCCCUUCACACUCCUCUAACAUCCUCGUUCUCAAUCCCUUCAACAAAAACCUACCUCGAAACCCCACACACAAGCGCAUUUCCUCACGAACCAUCACCACAACCGAAGACCACCAGAAGACCCCCGAUCCCACACCGGGAGCCUCCCUUCAUGCCCAAAACCACCCACCAAGCCAUCCACCCGCUAUCCCCCCCAACCCAACCCGAUAUCCAAAUCACACAUACACCAGCUCCCAGCACAGAACAGCUCGUAACCGCCCAAGGUAGACACUCCUACCACCUCAUCUGCCCGGGGUUGAGCCUUGUGAUCGCGCGCGAGGAUGAUGCCUCCUUGGCUGUUCAUACCCGGGCCCCGGAUUCGGGGGGUCCUGGUGGUGGUGAUGCUGCGGAUUACAAAGGUUUGGUGGUGGGGUUUAAAAAGAGGACAUUCGGUGAGGACUGUCUAUCGCACUCGUUGGAUUUGUUUGAGUUCUGCUGGCUGGUGGCGAGGUUCGUCUUUCGUGUUCUGGAUGCGCUGGGGAUGCUGGUGUUGUAUUCGAUGAUUUUGGGGCCGAAGUUUGGGUUUUGA